AUGUCUCUUUGUCAAAAUUGCCGUCAGCUUGAUCUUGCUGACCUAGUUGAUGAGGAAUACGAAGUUCAAGACAUUAUUCUUCAUUCUUCAAUCGCUGAUCUCGAGAGAAAUGUUUCUGCGUGCGAUUUGUGUCAACUCUUCCACACAUCUAUCACCGAAAAGCUCCGGGUCGAGGGAGUCAGUGUUGACCAAGAGGCUUGGUAUGACACAGACUCGCCGGUUAUCUUGCGGGGCACUCAGUACAAAGAUGAGAAGUACGAGUCUCGGGGACUCUUUUGGGUCAAGGUCCGCUGCGAUCGCCUGAGCCCGAGGGCAUACUGCUAUUUCAGCUUCUAUCCCAAAGACGAGACGACCCGGCUAGAGAACUCCAUCCUAGGCAGACCCAUCAAACCUCCCGCUAAGCAACUCAGUCUUGUGAAAGACUGGGUGCGCGAGUGUGAAGACCACCACCAGAGUUGCCAUUCAGCCCCUGCUACUCUGCCCACACGAGUUGUAGAUGUUGGUGUCGAAGGAGUGAGGGAGCCUCGGCUCGUUGUGACGAGUGGAGAAGUCGGCCGAUACAUGACAUUAAGUCACUGUUGGGGCUUACAUCCUGUUAUUCGCACCACUAGCGAGACAAUUAAUGGCCACAUCAAGUCGUUGCCAAUGUCCAAGUUACCUCCGACGUUCAGAGACGCAGUCUUGAUAACGAGGUCACUUGGCGUUCAGUAUCUAUGGAUCGACUCCCUCUGCAUCGUACAGGACUCAAAAGAGGACUGGGAACUCGAGAGUGUGAAGAUGGGCACUAUCUACGCCUCUUCAUGUCUGACUAUGGCUGCCUCAGCGUCCGCAGACUCCACAGGGGGUUGCUUCUUACCGCGUUCAACUUCAAAUCACGUUCAAGUUAAGUGUACUCGGAAGACGAACGAUGAAUCGGUGUCUAUUCCCGUAUUCUUACGACCUAGACCUCGUGACUUCAGUCACCUACCACAAAGCAUCCUACAUUCACGUGCGUGGGUAACGCAAGAGCGCCUGCUAUCUGCCCGAAUGGUACACUACGACUCUGAUCAACUUCUUUGGGAAUGUCGUGAAUCUCGUCUGGCAGAAGAUGGGGUACCGACGGAUGCAUUCGCAGUGCAAAAGUUAGUGUGGGACGAACGACUUCACCUUUCAUACCCUUUUGCGCAAGGACGUCUAUCUACAUCAGAAUUCGUGUGGGACUGGUACGAUAUGGUAUCGGCAUAUAGUAGAAGAGGCAUCACCAAGUCCUACGAUCGGCUACCAGCGCUUUCCGGUCUCGCCAAGGUGAUGGAGGAAUGCACCGGGCAGCGAUACCUUGCCGGGUUGUGGAAGUACAACCUGCAUUAUGGGUUGCUUUGGAGGAGAAGCGAGAAUUGGCUUGAAACCCCGUCAGAUGGCUUUCGCGCCCCAAGUUGGAGUUGGGCGUCUUUGGAAGGCGCUGUCAUGAUGCCCGAGAUCGGAAACAUUCUGCCCUCGGGAAACGAGAUGGAGGUGGUGGUGAGGAUUACUCAAGCAGAGACAACGCCACUCGGCUUGGACCCGAGGGGUAUGUUGAAAUCGGGAUAUCUGCAGCUAGAAGGAAAGCUCAGACUAGCCGAUCCAAGAGAAAACCCAGAAUCCCCGGGUUAUCAGAGGUUCUCGACCUAUCGGAAAGAGUUAGCAAUUGAUUUGCUCAAGGAGAAUGGGAUCAUGGUCGGAUUAGCAGUGUUCGACAAGGAUUACUGCGGAAGUAACAUCCUUCUCUACUACUUACAGGUGUCGAGAAGAGUCAAAGAGCCAAGCCGUUGGUACGGGCUCCUGCUAGAGGCAACAAGCCAGCCGCAAGAGUUCCGUCGUGUUGGCUUCUGUCGCACGGAAGAAUAUCCACUUCGAGACUGGUUCGCGCAUGUCGCUGAAGAGAUGAUCACGAUAGUUUGA